AUGUCUUUUGAAGUUGGGACGCGGUGCUGGUACCCUGAUAAGGCUGAGGGCUGGAUCGGAGGUGAGGUUACAAAGUUCUCACAUGCAAAUGACAAGUACCAGCUGGGCCUAACGCUUGAAAACGGUGAAACAGUCGAGAUCGAGACUAGCACGUUGGACGAGAAUGAGAACGAGCAACUGCCGCUACUGCGGAACCCUCCAAUUUUAGAAGCCAUUGAGGAUCUCACUUCACUCUCAUAUCUUAAUGAGCCUGCUGUUUUGCACGCGAUCAAGGCACGGUACGCCCAGUUGAACAUAUACACUUACUCCGGUAUCGUGCUAAUAGCCACCAAUCCAUUUGAUCGUGUGGAGCAACUUUAUUCGCAAGACAUGAUUCAAGCUUAUGCUGGUCGCCGUAGAGGUGAGCUUGAACCACAUUUGUUCGCCAUUGCUGAAGAGGCUUAUCGUCUGAUGAAAAAUGAUAAGAAGAACCAAACAAUUGUUGUGAGCGGUGAAUCAGGUGCAGGUAAGACUGUUUCAGCCAAGUAUAUCAUGCGUUUCUUUGCCUCCGUUGAACAGAAAAAUGACAGUAAUGCGGAUCACCAAUUGGAAAUUUCUGAAACCGAACAACGAAUUUUGGCCACGAAUCCUAUAAUGGAAGCAUUUGGUAACGCCAAGACUACGCGGAAUGACAACUCUUCUCGAUUUGGUAAGUAUCUGGAGAUUUUAUUUAACGAUAAAACUUCUAUCAUUGGAGCUAGAAUGAGAACAUAUUUACUCGAGAGGUCACGGUUGGUAUAUCAACACAAAACCGAAAGAAACUACCACAUUUUCUAUCAAUUGCUUGCUGGACUGUCAGAAGACGAAAAGAGUGAGUUGAAAUUAACAAAGGUUGAGGACUAUCACUAUUUGAACCAAGGUGGUGAAUACCAGAUAAAAGGUGUGGAUGAUGCGGAAGAAUGCAAAAUUACCAUCGAUGCACUAUCUAAAGUUGGCUUCAGCAAAGAUACCCAGAUGGAACUUUUCAAAGUUUUAGCGGCCCUUCUGCAUGUUGGUAACAUUGAAGUCAAAAAGACUAGAAAUGAUGCGUCCUUGAGUUCUGACGAGCCGAACUUGCAAAUCGUGUGCGAUCUUCUGGGUAUUGAUGCCUUCAACUUUGCCAAAUGGAUUACGAAGAAACAGAUUACCACGAGAUCUGAGAAAAUCAUAUCCAACUUGAAUUACAACCAGGCGGUAGUGGCAAGAGAUUCCGUUGCUAAGUUCAUAUUUUCGGCUUUGUUUGACUGGCUCGUUGAAAAUAUCAACACUGUGCUUUGCAAUCCCGAAGUUGCUAACAAGAUCAGCUCUUUUAUAGGUGUUCUUGAUAUUUAUGGUUUUGAGCAUUUCGAAAAGAAUUCCUUUGAGCAAUUCUGCAUCAACUACGCCAAUGAAAAAUUGCAGCAAGAAUUUAAUCAGCAUGUUUUCAAGCUGGAACAAGAAGAAUAUGUGAACGAACAAAUCGAAUGGUCUUUCAUAGAAUUCAAUGAUAAUCAACCUUGCAUUGAUUUGAUCGAGAACAAACUAGGUAUAUUAUCUUUGCUAGAUGAAGAGUCAAGGUUACCUGCUGGCUCUGAUGAGAGUUGGACUCAGAAGCUAUACCAAACAUUAGAUAAACCUCCAACUAAUCAAGUUUUUUCAAAGCCUAGAUUUGGUCAAACCAAAUUCGUUGUGUCACAUUACGCUUUGGAUGUUUCUUAUGAUGUCGAAGGAUUCAUUGAAAAGAAUAGGGAUACUGUUUCCGACGGUCAUUUGGAAGUAUUGAAAUCGUCUACUAACUCCACAUUAUUGUCUAUUCUAGAAACAAUUGACAGAAACGCUGCAAAAGUCACUGAAAGACAAGAAAAUAAGAAACCGGGGCCCGCUAGAAUGGUGAACAGAAAACCUACACUUGGGUCAAUUUUUAAGGAGUCAUUAAUUGAGCUGAUGAAUACUAUCAACUCAACCAAUGUACACUACAUCCGUUGCAUAAAGCCCAAUGAAGAAAAAGAGGCCUGGAAAUUUGACAAUUUGAUGGUUCUUUCGCAACUUAGAGCUUGUGGUGUAUUAGAAACCAUUCGAAUUUCUUGUGCCGGUUUUCCAUCGAGAUGGACGUAUAAUGAAUUUGUCUUGAGAUACCAUAUUCUAAUCCCAUCAGAACACUGGACUCACAUUUUUACUACAGAAGCUACUGAAGAGUCCAUUCGAGAACUUUGUAAAAAAAUCUUAGAUGUUACUGUUGAAGACAAACAAAAAUAUCAAUUGGGUAACACUAAGAUUUUUUUCAAAGCUGGUAUGCUGGCCUAUUUGGAGAAGCUUAGAGGAGACAAGAUGCACAACGCUAGCGUAUUGAUUCAAAAGAAUAUCAAAGGUAUUUACUAUCGUCGCCAAUACCUGACCAUAACAAGCGCUAUCAAAAGGCUUCAAGCAGUUUGCAAGGGUAAGGUAUGUCGUCACAGAAUUGAUCAACAAAUGAAAACAUGCGCUGCAUUGGUAAUUCAGAGUUUGGUUAGAGGUUCUAGUGAACGCAAGAAAGCCCAUACAUUGCUCGGAGCGGUGUCAAGAAUGCAGUGCAUGGUUAGAAGGCAAUUAGCUCAAAAAGAGUUAUUGAAAAAGCGCGAAGGGGAAGCAGCUGUGACUAUCCAAAAGAAAAUUAGAGGAUUUGUUCCACGCCAAAGCUUUAAAACAGCUAGAAAUUCUUCUGUUACUGUUCAAUCGUCAAUAAGAAAGAAGAUUGCACAAAAACAAUUGAAGAAAUUGAAAGCCGAUGCUAAGUCCGUUGAUCAUUUGAAAGAAGUAAGUUACAAGUUGGAGAAUAAAGUCAUUCAAUUGACGGAGUCUCUUGCCUCCAGAGUGAAAGAAAACAAGGAAUUGAACUUGCGCAUUCAAGAGCUUCAACAAUCUUUGAAUGAAUCAGCCAAUAUUCAAGCUUUGUUGGAUUCCCAAAAGGAAGAGCAUGGAAGAGCUCUAGAGAAGCAAAAAACCACUCACGAUGCUAAUUUGAAUGAGAUUCAAACUCAAUUAGCGAAUGCAAAGAAAGAGAUCACGGACGCUAAAGCCGAAAUCGAACAAUUAAUAGCAAAGCAAGAGGAAAUAAAGGCAGAUGUAAGAUUGAAGAUCGAGGAGUUGAAUAAGGUCAAUCAGAACUUAGCCGACUCUCAAACCCAGAACUCUGACCUGAAAAACGAAGUCAAAUCAUUGAAAGAUGAGAUAGGACGCUUACAGGCUGCAAUCAGAGCAGGUGUUUCGGCUUCUGGUGCCCUUGCCUCUACUCCUACGAAGUCAAGACGUUUUAGCACUCAUAGUAGUGUUAUUGAUGGUGCAUCUCCAAGACAGUUGAACGUUAUUUCCAUGAAUAACGGUUUAGAGGAUGAUGCCAGAUCGACUGCUAGUGCGUUAUCUCAGAUCAAUGAUGAGUUGUACAAGCUGUUAGAAGAUACGAAAUCCUUAAACACAGAGAUAGUCGAAGGUCUACUCAAAGGCUUCAAGAUCCCCGAAACAGGAGUUGCCGUUGAAUUGACCAGAAAGGAAGUUUUAUAUCCGGCUAGAAUUAUGAUUAUUGUUUUGAGUGAUAUGUGGAGACUGGGGCUCACGAAACAAAGUGAAAGCUUCUUGGCAGAGGCCAUGUCUACUAUUCAAAAGCUAGUUACAAGCCUCAAAGGCGAUGACAUGAUUUUGCAUGGAGCGUUUUGGCUUACGAAUGUUCGGGAAUUGUAUUCCUUCGUAGUUUUCGCACAAGAGUCCAUUUUAAACGAUGAUUCCUAUAAUAGUGGCUUGAAUGAAGAGGAGUAUAAAGAAUAUGUCACGUUAGUUACUGAACUGAAGGACGACUUUGAAUCCUUAAGUUACAAUAUCUACAACAUUUGGCUGAAGAAGUUGCAAAAGGAUUUAGAGAAGAAAGCUAUUUCUGCCGUUGUUAUGUCCCAGUCUCUCCCUGGUUUUAUUGCACCAGAAGCAUCUCCAUUCCUACCGAAGCUUUUCACGCAAUCCACAAGCUAUAAGAUGGAUGACAUUCUUACUUUCUUCAAUAACAUUUACUGGUCUAUGAAAACUUACCAUGUCGAGCAGGAAGUUUUCAGAGAAGUGAUUGUAACAUUACUGAAAUACGUUGAUUCUAUUUGCUUCAACGAUUUAAUCAUGAGAAGAAACUUUUUAUCUUGGAAACGUGGAUUGCAAUUGAACUACAACGUGACGAGGUUGGAAGAAUGGUGCAAAUCUCAUCAUAUUCCUGAAGGAACAGACUGCUUGCAACAUAUGCUACAAGCUUCUAAAUUAUUGCAGCUGAAAAAGGCCAACCUCGAGGACAUUAACAUUAUUUGGGAAAUUUGUUCAUCUCUAAAACCUGCCCAAAUUCAAAAAUUGAUUUCUCAGUAUGCUGUGGCAGACUACGAGGUGCCAAUCCCUCAGGAAAUUUUGAAUUUUGUUGCUGAUCGAGUCAAGAAGGAGUCUUCUCUAUCUUCUGAUGGUAAAUCCCAAACUCAUAGCAGCGAUAUCUUUUUACCUGUUGAAAGUGGUCCAUUUGAAGAUCCAUUUAGCCUGAUUGAGACAAGACAGUUUGGAAAGAUAGAAGCUUACAUACCCGCGUGGAUGAAUUUACCCUUAACUAGAAGGGUUGUUGAGCUAGUCUCACAGCAUGUAACUGUCCAAGAGUUUCAAAAAGGCUGA